GAAGAAACUAUUAUGUAAAUUAAAAAAAUAUACAUAUAAUACAUAUGUAUAUUUAAUAAAAGUCAUAUAAUUAGUUUCCUGGCAUACUCAAAUCAUUUAUUUUUCUAUUAAACGUUAGCAAUUACAUACUCUAUAAGUAGUAAUAUUGUAUUUUCAAAAAUGACUGUCAUAGUUAGAGUUGACACAAAUGUUUCAACUUCAGAUGUUGAUGAAGCAUUUUUAAUUGAAAGUACUGAAUCACUUGCUAAUACUUUCAAAAUAUCAAAGUCUGUAAGUAUAUAUUGUAACAAAUCAAAUUUGUUAUUACUUAUUAAUAACUUAAUGUUUAAUUUCAUGAUUACUAAAUUGUACGGAUAACAUUUAAACAAAAAAAAAAAUUCUUUUUUUUUCUUUUAGGAUAUUUUAAUAUUUGUUAAUGCAGACCAGCCUAUUCUCAUUGCUGGUUCUGAAAAACCAGCAGCAGUUUUAACAAUCUAUAGUACAGAUGGAAUUAAUGAAGUUAGUAAUAAACUCCAUUCAGCAACAUUGUUUUCAUUGCUAACUAAGUAUCUAAAAGUCAAUGAAGAUAGGUGAGAAAUAUUUUUCAUAUAUUUAUUAUUAAUUAACAAAUUAACAAGAAAUACUAAGGAUGAUUAACUAAAAUUCCAAUUGCUACUUAACUUGUAUAAAAUGAAAUUUACUAACUUAAAAAUAUGUUGUGUAUUUACAUCUGGUGCACGCAUUGGAAAAGUAAGAAAAAAGGUGCUAUAAGACUAAAAAAAAUUAGCAUCCCAUACAAUUAUUAAAUUCAAUCAGUAUGUAGAAACUAAAGGGCAAUGCCCCAUAUGAUUUUUGCAUCUUAUUCAGUAAUUCAUAAUUUCCGAAAACAAACAUUAUUAAAUAUUAACACUAUUGCAGGCUAAUUUCUUGUUUACAUAAUAAAUAAUAUAUAUUUUAAAUUUACUUUAUGUGUUUUUAUUAUUUUUUCCCUAUGUAAACAACUUUUCUGCUAGAAAUCUUGCUCCAAUUAUCAACUAUGGAGUUGAUGAUUUCUCAUAAAAAUUGUUAUUACGUUUGUGCAACGAGGCGGUUAUUUUUCGAUUUUCUUUGUAGUAUUUUUAAUUAUGCGGAAAACCCUUCCACCAAAAACCGCCUGGAAAACUUUUAAUUGUUACAUUUACAAAUUAACGGUUUCUGUUAUAUUCCAUUUUGUUUAUUUAGCCCAAAAUAAUUAUAAAGGCCAGACAUUUUACUGAAUACUUAUAAAGGUAUAGUCUCAUUUGUACAGCGCUUUGUAGACAUAUGUAGUACAAUUUUCAAAACAUUCUGUCAAAUUUUCAUUUAUCCCUAGAUUUUAUUUUGUUUUAAGUGAUUAAAAUUGUUUUGGUUCAGCAAAAAUGUUCAAAAAUGUAAUACAAUUUUCAUCAUAAGUUGAAAUUAAUGGAAAACAAAAUUCAGGGUAUUGUAGAAAUUUUUUUUUAUAAGUGAUAAAAGUUCAAAUUUUAAUGAAAAUGCAAAAUAUGUAAAAGUUGAGAAAAGGAUUUUAUAAAAAAAAAAAAUAAAAAUGAAUAUUUUAUAAACAGUUAUAUUAUAAAAUAUAAUAAUCACAUGAAAAAUACAUGAUUUAAGGGGUGACAUCGCCUCCCCCCUCUUGUAUCCACCACUGCAUCCCUAACAUUCCAUUUCAACCAAAUAUUAAAGUUACUCUAACAUUUCUGAAAAAUGAGGUACUCGAAUUUUGUUUUACACGUUUAUAUUGUGUAUAGUGUCUGCCAAAAUAUUCUGAAACAGUAUUUACUAUUUUGUCUUGUUAGCAAAGUAAUCCAUAAAAUAAAGGUCUUGCUCGUGACUCUUGACAAAUGCAUAAUAUUUAUUAUUUACAAUUAACAAUUUUUAAAAUGUCUUUAAAAAUAACUCAAUCACUUUUAAUUUGUAUAUUAAAGAACCCAUGAAUGAACUGUUUUUUUUUUUUUUUUCAAAAAAUACUUUACAGUAAAAACACACAUGCCUCAGUGUUUAAAUAUUGAUCUUUUUUUUUUUACAUUGGAUAGAGGAUAACUUUCUUCCAAAACCUAAAAAAAUCUCCCUGUAGUAUAAUAAAAAAAAAAAAAAAAACAGUAUUACGAUAGGCAUAAUAAUAUAUAAAUAUAUUAUGAAAAUUGUAAUCUUAAACAUUAAAAUAUACUGUUAUAGUAUUUUUUAUGAAUGAAACUAUGAACAAAAUAUUAGAAUUAAUAUUAAUCGCGGAUUAUAAAAAAUAAUAAUUGUAACGGAAAUGUAUGUGAUAAUUAGAUAUUUUAUAAUGCAGCUAAUUUUUUAAAGAUAUUUUAAUUUUUAACACAAUAAAUUAUUUUCAAUUAACAAUCAUAAUUUCAUUAUUAUAUUAUGAAAAUCUAAAUAUUAACAAUUUUGAAUAGAUAUCUAAAAACUAUAGGAUUUUUUUAUAUAAAUACAGAAAUCUAAUGUUUUUUUUUGUUUUAGAAUUUCAAUUGCAUUUUCUGCAGUCGAACCAUAUAGCAUGGGAGUCAAUGGAAAAACAUUUGUUCAAUAAAAUAUGUGUACUUGUAUUACAUAACUAAACCAUUAUUCUAAAUCAAUGUUAAAAAAUAAAUAUUAAAUACAAUUUAUUAUUUCGUUAUUUGUUAUUCAUUUUUGUGAAAAAA